CGUGAGCGGAAGGCCGAGGGUGCGCACUUCCGGUCUUUGUGGCUGGCCCCUCGGGUCUGCGGCUUGGGCCUCGGCUGCUUCUAGGCUUCGCGGAAAGAAGAGAUUACUCAAAGAAACUCUAAAGCACAGAACCCAGUUGUACUGAGUUUUUGCUAAGCUGUUUCAGUCCAGAAUGGCUAAGAAUUCCAGUGUAAUUUCAACUCUGAUACCUCAGGAUCAUCAGGAAGAAGGAUUAAUACUAGUGAAAAUAGAAGAUAACUUUUCCUGGGGUCCAAAAUUUAAACAGAAUGGGGAUACCCAAUCCUGCCAAGAACUGUUUAGACAGCAGUUCAGAAAGUUUUGCUAUCACGAGACACCUGGGCCCCGGGAGGCGCUGUGCCGACUCCAGGAGCUGUGCUAUCAGUGGUUAAUGCCAGAGUUGCACACAAAGGAGCAGAUCCUAGAACUGCUGGUGCUGGAACAGUUCCUGAGCAUCCUGCCUGAAGAGCUGCAGAUCUGGGUUCAGCAGCAGAGUCCAAGAAGUGGUGAGGAAGCUGUGACCCUGUUGGAGGAUUUGGAGAGAGAGUUUGAUGAUCCAGGGCAGCAGGUCGCAGCUAAUCCACAGGGACCAGCAGUGCCGUGGAAGGAGUUGACAUUUCUUGGAAGCUCCCAUGAGUCAACAAACAUCCACCUCCAGCCUUUAGAGACACAGCUGAAAUCCUGGAAACCUUGCCUUUCCCCUAGAAGUGAUUAUGAGAACAGUGAGACAGCAGCACAGGAGAACAUUUCAGGAGAAAAGCCAGAGGACCUCUCUCAGGAAUCUUCAUUUGGAGGAAUUGCUGAGUGUGAAAGCAACUCAGAGUGGCGGCAAAGAAGUGCUACAGGGGAGAAAUUAAGACGAUCCCCACCCCACGGAAGCAGUUUUAGGCAAGUGAUUGUCACACACAAAUCUUUAGGAAAGAGAAACCAUCUUGAUGACCCUCAAAGAUACUUGAUUUUAAGUACAAACUCUGUACCAAGUCAGAAAGUUGCUACAGAAGAGAGACCUUAUAGAUGUGAUACAUGCGGCCACAGCUUCAAGCAGCAUUCUUCCCUAACACAACAUCAGAGGAUCCACACCGGAGAAAAACCCUAUACAUGUAGUCAGUGUGGGAAGGCCUUUAGCUUAAGGUCAUACCUUAUUAUUCAUCAAAGAAUCCACAGUGGUGAGAAAGCAUAUGAAUGUAGUGAAUGUGGAAAAGCAUUCAAUCAGAGCUCAGCCCUCAUUAGACAUCGGAAAAUUCACACGGGUGAAAAAUCUUGCAAAUGUAAUGAGUGUGGCAAAGCAUUCAGUCAAAGUUCAUAUCUCAUUAUACAUCAAAGAAUUCACACUGGUGAGAAACCCUAUGAAUGUAAUGAGUGUGGAAAAACCUUUAGCCAGAGCUCAAAGCUUAUUAGACAUCAGCGAAUUCAUACAGGAGAGCGACCCUAUGAAUGUAAUGAAUGUGGGAAAGCUUUCAGGCAGAGCUCAGAGCUGAUUACCCAUCAGAGGAUACAUAGUGGAGAGAAGCCCUAUGAAUGUAAUGAAUGUGGAAAGGCCUUCAGUCUAAGCUCAAACCUCAUCAGACAUCAAAGAAUUCACAGUGGAGAAGAACCUUAUCAGUGUAAUGAAUGUGGUAAAACCUUCAAAAGGAGGUCAGCCCUUGUUCAGCACCAGAGAAUCCACUCUGGGGAUGAAGCUUAUAUAUGUAGUGAGUGUGGGAAGGCUUUCAGGCACAAAUCAGUUCUUGUUCGCCAUCAGAGGGUCCACACUGCAAAGUAAAUUGUAAAUACAGUGACUAUUAUAAAUAUUUCAGUCAGAUUUCUAUUUUUGUUAGCCAGACAGUUUUCUUGGGAGCACGAUUCCAUCAGAGUUGUAACUACUAGGUCUUGAGUCAUUCUGGCUUUGUGCAGCAUUUCCCAAUGCUGGUGUGACUUGUCCUAUGAAAGCUUUUCCUGUGAUUAAUCAGAACAGAUAAUGGAAGAAUUGUUACUUUCAGCUUUUCUUUACUGUUGGAAAUACUCAGGAAAGAGGAAAAAUGGAAAUACAAUGUUGACAUCUCAUUUUCUCAAAAUGUCGUAAAAAGGGUGUAGGGAUCUAGGCCUUGUUACUACAGCUGAUUGUGAGUGUGCCAGGCUUGGGCCAUAGUGUAGACAUAGUGUAGUAUGAAGGACUUUGUCUCAGGAACUCAGAAAGUUUUACUAGACCAAUUCAGAAUAGAGACAGGGCAACAAAAAAGGUAGAGAAACAGUUUGUUGGUGUUUUCUUGAGCCCGAAGCAGGCCAGAAAUUAGGCAUGAGAAGAAUACAAAUUAAUUUAUCCAACAGUUACUUUUUUAGUACUUGCUUUGUAUCAGAGACUAGACAUAUAGUGGAAAGUAAGGUCUAAUCCCUAUGAUCUAAUGGGCAAGGCAGCCAUUAGGCAGUGAUACAAUGGUGUGAUCACUGCUUUGUGAUUUUAAGGAGCUUCUGACUCAGCCUUAAAUGAAGAAGUGGCAAAAAUGACAUGAAGGAUGAGUAGGGAUUAGUGAGGGAGAAGGUAGUCCAGGGGAAAACGUUCCCAUUAGAGGGAGCAACAGAUAAAGACCACAGAGGAAGUGUGAAAUAUUCCCUGCUAAGUUCCUUUUGAAUUAAGAGUCACACCUGUAAGAAAUAUGGGUGUAGCCAAAUUCUGAAGUAGUGCCUAUAGCAAAAUAUAAACCAAUUGAAAAGUUUCUGUUAAUGGACAAAACCUGGAGCCCUUGGACCAGAGCACUGUAAGGAGUUUUAGUCUUGCUCAGUAUGAUCCAAGAAGAAGAACUAAUAGGUGGUUUGCUUUCUUUCCCAACCUCUAGGAUAGGCUAGAAUUUCCUUGGGGAGGUAGUGGGUAUAGAUGUAUGAAAGAGCCUAACCUAGAUGUUACGAGUCUCUAGAAGUUUAAAUCUCCCUCUCCUAAAAGUAAGUCUCCUUUGUUGCUUAAGACAGUAGUGGACCUGCUAUCAGGUUAAUCCCCAAGGCUCUUGAGUUGGGAGCUGCCAUAUCAUUUAUUUCUGAAGGGACAGCCCCACAAUUCCUAGUAUAUUCCCUUGGGCUCAGGUGCUCAAAAAAUAUUUGUUAGUGGCUGGGCCUGUGAGUUAUUCUCCAAGCACCUCACACAUUGUUUUGUCUUAAUGUGUACUGUAUUCCACAGUAUCUUCAAAUUUUGUUAAAAGACGGUGCUAAAGGGAAAUAAAAAGAAGUAACAAUCAUGUUCCAUCAAGAUUUCCCCUCCUCUGAGGAGCCUAAUGCUGGUGCCUGAUGUGAUAAUGAGAUAGAAAAUUGUACGCAUUAACCAGGCACCUAUUCUCUUGCUUACUGUGAGGUGGGAGGUUGUGCACAUUAGUCAACAGCAAAAAGACAUCAUUCAAUAGGCCUACUAUGUUGGAGGAAUAACACCAAAAAUCUGUGUAGAAAUCUAGAAUCUUGUGCAUAGAAAAAUAAUUUUCAUAAAGAUAAAAAUAAUUAACACUCCUCUUGAAUAUAUAUAUAUAUGAGUAUGUGCUAGCCAGUAAGAAUUGCAAUAGAGCUAAAUCUCCAUAUUUAAAGAGAAAUGAAAAAAGAAUGGUAUCAUUUGGAAAUAUGGUAAAAUGUAAUAAAAUACGUAAGAGCUAUACAACUCUUGUUUUCCUCCAGAAAAUACCCCAACUGAAAAAGGAUAUUAAAUAGGAAUUAAUAUACUACAAAAGGAAAACACUAUAGAGAGCUCUUACCUAUGUCAGUAAAAAAUGUAAGAGGUACUUCCUAAGGGCUUUGUGUAUAUGUAUUAGUUAUUUCUUAUGGCAGCCCAUAUUUUGUAGAUCAGGAAAUGAAGGCUAAAGGUUAUGGCCAAAAAGUGGUAGGGUCAGGCUUUGAAUUCAACUCUUUUAUACAACCACUUUAUACUGCCUGCAUGCAGUCCCAAUAGAAAAACGUCAAGUAAACAAAUCACAAAAGAAGCAGUGCCAAUGGACAAUGGAUGUUCAAUCUUGAUAAAUUAAAAAGUGUAUUGAAUCAAGAGUCGGGAUAGCACAUACUAUAAAAUUCACAGACAGCCAGGAAAAUUGGGACUGGCAUGUUGCUGGUGGGAUGUGAAGAGACAGUAUCUUUGGCAAUCAGUACCAGAAGCCUUAAGCAUUGCCUUUGACUUAAAAUUCUACCUGGAAAUAUAUUUCAGAACUCAUCAUGAAUGUGCACUCUUAAAAACUCUUAAAACUGGUGUUGAUUAAUGUUAAAAGACAUGAAGCAUUCAUGAUACAUUAUUAAAUAAAAUAGUACAAGAUAAUAUGAUCCAUGUAAAAUACAUAUUUAUGCAUUAAAAUACAAAAAAUACACAAUCUCAAGGUGUUAUACUAGUUAUCUCUCAGAGGUAUAGCUAACUUAAUUUCUGUUGGGCUUUUAUGUAUUCUAAAUUUUUCGGCAGUACUUAAUACUCAGUAUAACAGAGUGGCUGAAGGUAUACGUCAGUGGUAAAAGUGCAUACUUAAUGUGUUCAGUCCCCAGCACCAAAAAAGUAGGGUUUUUUUGGGUCAGGGGAAGGGGUUGAGAAAAAAGUGAAUGGAAGCCUAGGAUAGUUGGAAAAGUAUUUAAAACAAAAACUUGCUUUCUGUACCAUCUCUGUUCCUUCUAAGUCUCAGUUAGCACUUAACUCUAAUCUUGGAUUGCAUUAUCAUUUCCCUUUCCUUCCACUAGUGAUUGAACUCAUAACUUCAUGUAUGCUAGGUAGGCAAGCACUUUACCACUGAGCUACAUCCCUAGCCUCAGUUUCAUCAUUGAUAAAACAAUGGUAGACUUGCCCACCUCAAACAUAGUAUUUAAAAAGACCUCUAUAGGUUAUAAAUUCCGGUGUAAAUACAAUAUGAGUCCCUGAGGAUUUUUGAUUGGGAAAAGAAAUACCCCUUGAAGUGUUCAAGACCUUUGGUCAUUAGUUUUCACAUGAAUUCUGCAGCUGUAAGCAAGUCAUCUUGCAAGUCUGGAACCUUAUGUGAAAGGAGCCGGAGAAGAUGGGCUUUUAUGGUCAAAAGUUCAACACUGUGUGUUUGUGAAAUGGAUUUGUUUUCUUCCACCAAACUUUUGUAGAAGACAAGCAGUCCACGUCUUUCUGCUCAGUCAGGGCUGUCUUGUUUCUCUUCGUAUAAAAGCAUUCUAGUGGGUAAGUGUCUGCUUUAAAUGGAUCUUACAGGAAUUUUUAAUAAAAAGCAACUUAGGCACAAUGCUUAAA